GGUAAGCGUUUCCGGAGGCGGGAGGCGCAGGCUGAGGCGGUCGCGGCAGCUACGGCUUGAGCGGGCCCGGCGCCGGCUGCGGCGGAAAGUAUCCCACCGGCGGGCUAUGUGAGCGCCGAGCCCUUGGCAGCACCAAACAAGAUUUGUGAUGAAAUGGAGCCUGGAACAAACUCUUUUCGAGUAGAAUUUCCUGAUUUUUCCAGCACCAUUCUGCAGAAACUGAACCAGCAGCGCCAGCAGGGACAGUUAUGUGAUGUGUCCAUUGUUGUCCAAGGCCACAUUUUCCGAGCACACAAAGCUGUUCUUGCUGCCAGUUCCCCCUACUUUUGUGACCAGGUACUCCUGAAAAACAGCAGGAGGAUUGUUUUGCCUGAUGUGAUGAAUCCCAGAGUGUUUGAGAACAUUCUCCUGUCAAGUUAUACGGGGCGUCUAGUAAUGCCUGCUCCAGAAAUUGUCAGUUACUUAACAGCAGCGAGCUUCCUCCAGAUGUGGCAUGUGGUCGACAAAUGCACUGAGGUUUUAGAAGGAAACCCUACAGUCCUUUGUCAGAAGCUAAAUCAUGGCAGUGACCAUCAGUCUCCAAGCAGCAGCAAUUACAAUGGCCUGGUAGAGAGCUUUGAGCUGGGCUCCGGGGGCCACACUGAUUUCCCCAAAGCCCAGGAACUGAGGGAUGGAGAGAACGAAGAGGAGAGCACCAAAGACGAGCUGUCAUCUCAGCUCACUGAGCACGAAUACCUUCCCAGUAACUCGUCCACAGAGCAUGACCGGCUGAGCACGGAGAUGGCAAGCCAGGACGGGGAGGAGGGGGCCAGUGACAGCGCCGAAUUCCACUACACCCGGCCCAUGUACAGCAAGCCCAGCAUAAUGGCUCACAAACGCUGGAUCCACGUGAAGCCCGAGCGCUUUGAGCAGGCGUGUGAGGGCAUGGAUGUGCACGCACCCUACGAUGAGCACCAGGUCACAGAGUCCGUCAACACGGUGCAGACGGAGUACUCAGUCCAGCCCUCGGGGGUAGAGGAAGACUUUCACAUCGGGGAAAAGAAAGUGGAGGCAGAGUUUGACGAACAGGCUGAUGAAAGCAAUUAUGAUGAGCAGGUGGAUUUCUAUGGCUCCUCCAUGGAAGAGUUUUCUGGAGAGCGGUCAGAUGGGAAUCUCAUUUGGCACAAACAGGAGGCUGCUCUAGCAUCGGGCUACAGUGAGAAUAUUGAGAUGGUAACAGGGAUUAAAGAGGAAGCUUCCCACCUAGGAUUCUCAGCCACUGACAAGCUGUAUCUUUGUCAGUGCGGCAAGAGUUUCACUCACAAGAGUCAGAGAGAUCGACACAUGAGCAUGCACCUCGGGCUCCGGCCUUAUGGCUGUGGGGUCUGUGGUAAGAAAUUCAAAAUGAAGCAUCAUCUCGUGGGUCACAUGAAAAUUCACACAGGCAUAAAGCCAUAUGAGUGUAAUAUCUGUGCAAAGAGAUUCAUGUGGAGGGACAGUUUCCACAGGCAUGUGACUUCUUGUACCAAGUCCUACGAAGCUGCAAAGGCUGAGCAGAAUAUGACUGAGGCUUGUACCAAGUCCUACGAAGCUGCAAAGGCUGAGCAGAAUAUGACUGAGGCUUGUACCAAGUCCUACGAAGCUGCAAAAGCUGAGCAGAAUAUGACUGAGGCUUGUACCAAGUCCUACGAAGCUGCAAAGGCUGAGCAGAAUACAACUUGAGUGGCAGGCACAAAAAUAAACUGUGGUAAUUAUGCAAAUCUGGGCACAGAUGAUGCGUGCUACUUGCUAUUAUGAGAGAAGCUUAAAAAAAAGGAAGAUAUUUCUGCAAGACCAGUUCUAAGUAGGCCAAUUAAAAAAUCUAAUUCUUCAAAUGUGUCUGUUCCCGGCCUGGAGUGGCUAAAGGGGAUAAGUGCGCCCACCUCACACCUGGUAAGGUGAACCUUCAGGCCUCUUGGGAAUGAAGCUGGUGAACUAGAGGGUAGAGACACCUGCACUUGGAAUUGGACUCCAACCCCCCAGUUCCGUUUCAGGUGGCAGCGGUGUUUGAUCAGUCAUUAUUACAAGGUCAUAUUGGAAUUUUAUUUUGCUCUUACUAUAGAUACUUAGGUAAUGUGGGUUUGUUUUGGUAGCUGCUUCACUGAAUGAAAUGCUACUUAUGUAAUAGCUACAAAUAAUGUGAUUCCUAGGAUACUAAGUUGAUUAACAGAGCUCUCUUAUCUGGUUUUGUUCUUUCUAAAGAGUAUUCUAACCAAAACUUUGGAGAUUAUUAAGAGGGUGACAUUCUAAGUAAGAAAAAAAAGUAACUCAUGGUACCAGCUCCAAUUUCUGUAAGAUGCCACCAUCACAACGUGUUUCAGACUCUUAAUAAGUCAGAGUUUUAUAUUUUAGUACUAACAUUUAGUUUGAACAGUUGUUUCUAAUUGUAAUUCUCUAGGGUGCCAGAGAUAGGUAUUUCUAACUGGUUUGCUGUCCCAAAUCCUGUUUGUUUAAUUGUAGCAUCCACACGGUGGGAUCUGCUCUGGCUAGUAGACUUCUAGCCUGCUUUGACUCUGACCACGGUACCAUUGGCUGCUCCAGCCCAUUCACUCUGUCUUAGAUUAUGGUGCUUCCUGAAGUGGUCAGUCAAUGACCAGUUACUGGGAAGGAGCUGGAAGCCACGGCUGAGAGUUACCUGUGAACUUCAGGAGCCUAUAGAGUGCUACAGCGAGACUCCAGCUGUCAGAACGAGAGCCACCAAGUAGCAGAAUUUUGAGUGUCAGGUUAUACUUAGGGGGACGAGGGGAACCAAUUGCUCAAGAAAAGGGGAGUUUUGAAAAUACACUGGUAGAGAUACUCACAGAGGGGUACGUUGAGCUGGUCCUCCCAGCUCUUUAGGAGUGCUGGAAUGUGUUUUAAAAGAGGGAAAGAAAGAUUCCUAAUUUUAGGAAGUUGUCUGCAAAUUCCUGGUCUCAUUUAAUAGAUAAAGCUGCAUACAUUUACAAGUCCGUAUAGCUAUAGUGAAGUAUAGUAAAGUCGCUCAGUCGUGUCUGACUCUUUGCAAUCCCAUGGACUGUAGUCUACCAGGCUUCUCUGUCCAUGGGAUUUUCCAGGCAAGAGUACUGGAGUGGGUUGCCAUUUCCUUCUCCAGGAGAUCUUCCUGACCCAGGGAUCGAACCCAGGUCUCCUGCAUUGCAGGCAGACGCUUUACCCUCUGAGCCACAAGAAGCUCUCAGAAGCUCUGUAUAGCUAUACCUACCAAAAAAAAAAAAAAAGAAAAACCAAGAAAAGUAGCUAUUCUGACACCUUUUCUGAGGAUUAGUCAGAAGUUUGGGAUUAAAAAAGAAGCUUGUUCAGGAUGUUUUAAACUGUAACAUACCUGAAGCUGUCACCAGGGUUGGGUCAGGGUGCUACUGUUAGGUCAACUUUUCCGUAAACUUAAUGGUUUAUUAUUUCUUAGUGGAAACUUUUUUUUUCCUGAAAACAAAAAUAACUUUUCUUGGAUUUGGAAUGAAGUUUUUGUUUUAAAAGUUGGGCUUUGCUCUGAAAUGAGCAACUUUGCUGGCAAUGGCCUCUGGUCCUCAAACUCCUACCAUCAAGGCAUUUAGUUGUAUGGAAAGGGGAAAGAUUUACUUACCAGUUAACGCUUGUAAUCAAGGUUACAAAACAGGGAUCUAUUCAUUAACACUGUAUCAUUCUCGAUAUAUAAAAAGCACUUUGUAUUUAAAACUUUAUUAUAAAUAUAUAUUGAUUUUUUUAACCUAGAAACUAGAUAUUACCUCUUGGUUGUUUGCCAUGUUAAUACCCUCUUCUGUUAGUGUUGAAACUUCACCAGUUAACAGUCAUUUCUCUGUGUACCUGACAGAGAAUGUAGAGGUGACUUAUAGCCAAGCUCAGUUGCUGCUUCUCUUUUUCUCAUGUUAGAAGCAUUGGGUUUUAGGUAUGAUCCCAGCCAUUGUAUGUGAGGAAUAAUUGUUGUAUCACUUCUACUAAUUUCAGUACUAAGGCAGUGCAGCCAUUUUGUUCGGCCAAAAGCCAGUCACCCUCAUAGUAUCAGCAGACCAUUUCUGCCUGUUUGGAAGGUUUGAUGUGCUGGUUUCUAUUAAAGAUUGUACUCAAAUGAGUGUUGGAACACUUGGGAAGAAGAGUCUUGAGAGGUAAAAUAAAAAUAUUCUGGAACAAUCUCAUGGUCCUUCAGUUAUGUUGAGAUCAGCACGGCAGCCGUCGUGCGUAAUGAGGAGGAGGAGGACAGGACUGGGGGCAGCUCUCUGGUGGUAGUUUUAGAAGCUCUCAGUUGUGCUGGGACUUCACGUGUUAUGAAGAGAAGCAGAUCUUCUGUUGAAAUCCUUACGUGUGCAUCUGCUACUAAAUGUAGAAUAUAAAAUGUAAGCUCCUCACACCUGCCGUUUGAAGCUUUCUGUGGUGGUGGGCUUUUUAUAAAAGUUAGAGUUGCUGAUCAGUCCACCAGACCCCGUGAGAUGAUUGGGCAUCUGAAAUGCUGGCCAUGUCCAGAGAGGCGGGGCAAGGGGGUUGCCUUAGUUUGGAUAUUGAAAGUGAAUCUUUAUAAACUUUGCUUUUAGGCUUAAGAGAUCAUACUGUGUUACUACUUUUUUUUUUUUUUCCUCCUGCCCACCCUGGGUUGGACAGAUAGUCUCUGUCCUUACCCUCAGUACAGCUUUAGAAAAUCUUUCUCCUUCCCGUUGAGUUUGGAGAGCAGUGGGUAACGUUUCCAAACAGUCUUUCAGGGAUCUUGUCAGUGGCCCACAGCCAAGGUGUUUGUCCCUUACUUUGAGUCUUAACUGUGGUUUCUCUCCAGUCCCAAUGGGAAAGGGCUUGAAGGCACCACCAGUGGUCUUUAAUAUUCGUACUGAUGCUAUGUCUUUCAUUUUAGAUCCACACAUUACAAUAAUCCACCUGAUAAAGUAGGUCUGACCGGCUGAGAACAGACUGCCAUAACUUUCCUCAGCUGUUGAAGGUUACCCCCCAGUCCCUUCUUUUGGCUGCUGGUCUCAAAGAGUCUGCCUGAAAGGGUCUCCUCGGCUCGAGUGGGCAUUUGCUGAACUGAACUGACUCUGAGCUGACUGACUGGGAAAGCUGCUUAGUCUCAGUAGCAUCUUCCUACGGAGGCACACACCUCCUCCUGAGGCUGCUGUGGACAUGAAGUUGGGGCUGAGCAGAAGCAGCAAUGCUGGCUUUCCCUGGGGAGGGGGGAUUUGCUGCGCCCCCCGACCCCGGGUGGGUAGGGGAAGGUGGAGAGGAUGCCAUCACACCAACUUCAGGGGUUUGCUUUCAUAAGGUCUCUGGAUAAUUUAGGAAUGCUGAAAACCAAGCAACAUAGACCCCCACCCCUCCAGCCCUUCUGUGCCACACUAAUUUUGUGGUUUAGGUUGCUUUUCUGUGACUCACUUUGUUCAGUGAAACCAGGGUGUUUGUUUGGAUUUUUGUCUUUGCUAACUUAUGUGUUCGAAGGUACAUGUUUCUUAUUUCAAAUUUCUACUGAUAGUGCCCUCUGGGAAGAUGCUGGAACACAUUUUGCAAAUGUGACUUUUUUUUUUUAGUUUUGCUUGAAGCCUGUGUCAUAAUGUCAAUUGCUGCUGCCUUCUUUCCUUUUAUGAGGUUCCCAGUGUUUCUUCUAGAAAAUUAUUUAUGCAAGUCAGGUGACUCUUAGACCACAAAACCAUUUGACAAUAAGCAGAGUAUCAUUAGGUGCAUAUCUUAUUGAUAUUUUGUGAAAUGUUAUGCCUGUGUUGCAAAAGUUGAAUAGUUUUGUCUUUAUAUACUGCUGUCUUAAGUGUACAGCAUGGUUUUACUUAAUUGAAUGUUACUGUUUAAUAUUUUCUUCUUAUAGAAGAGAC